AUGAUGGUCCCACGAGUGAUACUUCCAAAGCACCCCAUGGCCGCCACCAUCCUCGCCCAGAGCGCGUCAAACUCGGCAGCCAUCUGUGCCCGCCGACAGAUGCAAGCCAUUGGAAUAGGCCAUUCUUCAAGACGGCUCAUGUCAUCUUCGCCGAAACACCAGACAAAGGAAUACUUUCCGCCUCCGAAACUUCCAGGUAUCAAGCAAGUCAAUACAGUAUGGUCCCAUCCGGUGUAUUCGGAUGCCCAGACCCGCGAUAUUAAAGUAGCCCACCGCGAGGCCAAGGAUUGGGCUGACUGGAUCGCUCUGGGGACGGUUCGCUUCUUCAGAUGA